GUAAGGCGUCGCCAGGAUUGCCCGAUCGAGCUUGCGAGCAGUCGCUGUGGUCACACACAAAAGAACAUUCGGCAUCGAAACAUCACGUUUCUUCUCGGUUGGGUGUUCUUUGUUAAAAAAAAAUGACGCCCAGUGUGUUCGCCACGGUCCUAGUGUUCGUCGGUGUUCACGCCCUGGACACCCCGACUCCGAAGCCACUGGGUCCCGGUGACGGCCAGCCUCAGUUUCCCGGUCCGGUGCCCAUAAUUGAAGUCAAAGACGUCGGAGUCAUCGGUGGAAAGUGCUCCUACGGUGGGCUAAUGCUGGAACCAACCACACUGAACCUAAUGAAAGAGCCCUGCGAAGCCUGGACCUGCGACGCCGAAAACUACACAAUCACCAUUCAGAGAUGCGGGGAUUUCAAGGUGCCACAAAACUGCGAGCUGGAGGCCGCCCUUGAAGCCUUCCCCAGCUGCUGUCCGAUUCUCAUCUGUGGAGGGAUUUGAGCACGCGUGCCACUCAACGCAAGGGGCGCGAUUUUUUUUUCGUGAAGGCUGUGAAUUACACAAAGCGUACGUGAAAUAAAGAAAAAUAAAUUUAAGUUUAUUCCCAGC